GAGCGGGCGCGAUGGCGGCGCUGGGCGGGGACGGGCUGCGCCUGUUGUCGGUGUCGCGACCGGAGCGGCAGUCCGAGUCGGCAGCUCUGGGCGGACCGGGUCCCGGGCUGUGCUGCUGGGUGUCGGUGUUCUCCUGCCUCAGUCUUGCCUGCUCCUAUGUGGGCAGCCUCUACGUCUGGAAGAGCGAGCUGCCCAGGGACCACCCCGCCGUCAUCAAGCGGCGCUUCACCAGCGUCCUGGUGGUGUCCAGCCUCUCGCCCCUCUGCGUGCUGCUCUGGAGGGAGCUCACGGGCAUCCAGCCAGGCACAUCCCUGCUCACCCUGAUGGGCUUCAGGCUGGAGGGCAUUUUCCCAGCAGCGCUGCUGCCCUUGCUGCUGACCAUGAUCCUUUUCCUGGGCCCACUGAUGCAGCUCUCUAUGGAUUGCCCCUGUGACCUGGCUGAUGGGCUGAAGGUUGUCCUGGCCCCGCGCUCCUGGGCUCGCUGCCUUACAGACAUGCUUUGGCUGCGGAACCAAGUGAUUGCGCCCUUGACGGAGGAGCUGGUGUUCCGGGCCUGUAUGCUGCCCAUGUUGGCCCCAUGCACAGGCCUAGGCCCUGCCGUGUUCACCUGUCCGCUCUUCUUUGGAGUCGCCCAUUUCCACCACAUCAUCGAGCAGCUGCGGUUCCGCCAGAGCAGCGUGGGGAGCAUCUUUUUGUCUGCGGCGUUCCAGUUCUCCUACACCGCAGUCUUCGGUGCCUACACUGCUUUCCUCUUCAUCCGAACAGGCCACCUGAUUGGACCAGUCCUCUGCCACUCGUUCUGCAAUUACAUGGGCUUCCCUGCUGUGUGUGCGGCCCUGGAGCACCCGCAGCGACGGCCCCUGCUGGCUGGCUACGCACUGGGCGUGGGACUCUUCCUGCUUCUCCUGCAGCCCCUCACGGACCCCAAGCUCUACGGCAGCCUCCCCCUGUGUGUGCUCUUGGAGCGGGCAGGGGACUCAGAGGCCCCCCUGUGCUCCUGACC